GCUAAAGGAAAAUAUGGCGUGCAACAUUUUACAUGUACUAGUAAAUUAUCUGGCGUCAGCCUCUUCGUUUAGCGCUUUCUUUUUGUUUGUUUUUGUGGCUUUUGCAGCUGUAGGAACAACAAAAUGUGACAGUGUUUUCUCUGCUAGUCAAACGGCUUCUGUUUCCGUCGCUGCGGCUAAAGAGCUCCGGUACCUUUUAUAUGAUGUAAACCCUCCGGAAGGAUUUAAUCUGCGGAGAGAUGUUUAUAUCCGCAUGGCUUCCAUGAUCAAAACUUUAAGGAAAGAGGGAGACGACUGGGUAUUAGUUCUUCCCCCAUGGGGUCGCCUCUACCACUGGCAAAGUCCGGACCUCCACCAGAUCCGUAUCCCGUGGGGAGAAUUCUUCAGCCUCACCAGUCUGCAGGCCAAUGUGCCUGUUAUUGAGUAUGAGGAAUUUAUUGCAGAAAAUGGAGGGCCAUUUAUUGAUCAAGUUCUGGUACUGCAGAACUAUGCUGAGGGAUGGACUGAUGGGAAAUGGGAAGAAAAAGUUGAUGAGAGGCCAUGUAUUGAGAAGGUGAUGUACUCCAAAGAUAAGCAGGGCUACUACAGAGGAUGGUUUUGGGGCUAUGAGGAAACAAGAGCUCGAAAUGUAACAUGCAUAUCGGCUCAAGGUCAUGCCUCAAUCAUGGCCCCCGUUCUUCAGAAAAACUUCUCUGCAACAUCAGUUAUGCUUGAUCGGGCAGAGACACUUCUUCAUGACCACUAUGCAGGGAAGGAUUACUGGGAUACUCGACGCAGCAUGGUGUUUGCCAAGCACCUGCGACUCAUAGGUGAUGAUUUCAGAGCAAAAUACCUGAACUCUACAGAUGACAGAGAUCUUACGGUAUAUAAUGAGGACUGGACUCGCAUGAAAGCAAAACCUGGUUCAGCCAGAGGUGGUCCAUAUGUAGGGGUGCAUCUGCGCCGUAAGGACUUCAUCUGGGGUCACAGAGACGAUGUGCCCAGCCUUAAGGGGGCCGUUAAGAAAGUCCGAAGCUUGAUGAAAAAGCACAAACUCGACUCUGUGUUUAUUGCAACGGAUGCAGAUGGAGACGAACUAAAGGAGCUGAAAAGGUUGUUGCCUGACAUGGUUCGGUUUGAGCCAUCCAAAGAAGACUUGGAGCUGCUGAAAGAUGGAGGCGUGGCCAUUAUUGACCAGUGGAUCUGCACUCAUGCAAGAGUCUUCAUUGGAACAUCAGUGUCAACUUUCUCUUUCCGGAUCCAUGAGGAGAGAGAAAUUCUGGGUUUUGACCCGAAAACCACAUACAACCGUUUCUGUGGAGACUCUGAGAAACAGUGCGAGCAGCCCACACACUGGAAAAUCGUUUACUGAUGCUACCGCCGACUCUCCUGACACUCAAGUGCCAAAAACAGUGUUAACAGUGAUAUUUUGUCUAAAACAAAAUACACGUUUUGUUCCUCAGUAUUUCAGUGAUUUUA